AUGGCUAAGAGAAAGAAACCCAGUGUUUUCAACGAUGAUAACGGUGCUGGUGAUGAUGAAGACGGAUUCAUGAACUAUGUAAGGGAAAAAGCUGAUCAGUCAAGAAAAAGGGCCAAAGACAGCUCUGGGGAUGUCAAGAUUGCUGAGCAGGAAAUCCUCAACCAGGAGCUGUCCCACGAUGCUGUUUCUGGUGAAUUGGAAUCCUCCGGUUCGAAAUACAUGGAUCAAUUGUUAGAAUCGAGAAAGCGUAGAGAAUUGGAUAGAUUGCAUGCUCAAUCUAUCAAGAUGCGAUUAGAAAGGAAGUUGGAAGGUGCUGAGGAUUCAGAGGAAAUUAUUACGGAUGGGUACAGGCAAAAGAAGGAAAAGUACGAAAGAGCAGAUGAAUUAGCACAGGAUGAACAGAAUAGAGAGGUAAUAGACAGUAAUAAUUCCAUCUUGGGGGCUGACGGUGUUGCCUUAAAGAUGAUAGCUACCAAAAAACCUCAGGAAAAUUAUCAGCCACCGCUAGAACUCAUCGAAAAUCCUUCGAAGCCAGCCGAGACCCACUAUAGUAACGACGUCUACGUCAAUGAAUCCAUUAAGUCUUCAUCAACGUGGGAGAAACAGGAUGAUUUGAACCCUGUAAAAAAGCUGGAAUGUGUGAAGAAAUUCCUACGAUCUGAAAAGAAUAAACAAGAUAUCGACAUUUUAGUCAAGCAAUAUUCAGAGCGCCAUAAUAGUAUUAAAAAAUUUGAUAAUUAG